GAACCCAGAGUUCAGUGCGCGGGCGGAGGAGGGCAUUUUGUGGCAGGAGACACUGCUAGAGGGGGGAGCAGGAAGAAGAGAGCACAAGAUGGCGGCUUGAGGAGGAGCAGGAGAGGGGUUGCGGUUGUAUUAGAGGGUGGGAAGUCGAUAGACGAGUGUGUGAGGGUCGGAAAGCCAUCUGGGCUACACAUCGCUCCGAGAAAGGGAAUUCGGCUCGGCUAAAGAGCGGGGGGUUGUUGAGAGAGAACUGAAACGGGUGCACCCCCCCUACACCGAACAAAGAACCCAAAGUAACGCGGAUAUUAUUGUUCCUGAGCCGAAAGAUCUGCUUUUUCCCCCCCUUUCCAGUCUCCCAACUCCUAUUUGUUCAUCUGUUCUGCUUUUAUCUCCGGGGAUCUCUCCCCUCCUCAUUACCACCCCGGAAUCAUGGCGAGUAGCAGCGGCUCCAAAGCCGAGUUUAUUGUCGGUGGGAAAUACAAGCUGGUGCGGAAGAUCGGAUCUGGCUCUUUUGGAGACAUUUACCUGGCGAUCAAUAUCACCAAUGGCGAGGAAGUAGCCGUAAAGCUGGAAUCACAGAAGGCUCGCCACCCCCAGUUGUUGUAUGAAAGCAAAUUGUACAAGAUACUUCAAGGAGGUGUUGGAAUCCCUCAUAUCCGGUGGUAUGGACAAGAAAAGGAUUAUAAUGUUCUAGUUAUGGACCUGCUUGGACCCAGUCUUGAGGAUCUUUUCAAUUUUUGCUCGCGUAGGUUCACAAUGAAGACAGUUCUUAUGUUAGCAGACCAGAUGAUUAGUAGAAUUGAAUAUGUACACACAAAGAAUUUUAUACACAGAGACAUUAAACCAGACAACUUCCUAAUGGGCAUCGGACGUCACUGUAAUAAGUGUUUAGAAUCUCCAGUGGGGAAGAGGAAAAGAAGCAUGACUGUUAGUACCUCUCAGGACCCAUCUUUCUCAGGAUUAAACCAGUUAUUCCUUAUAGACUUUGGUUUGGCUAAAAAGUACAGAGACAACCGGACGAGACAGCACAUACCUUACAGAGAAGACAAAAAUCUUACUGGCACGGCCCGCUAUGCUAGUAUAAACGCUCAUCUAGGAAUUGAGCAAAGUCGCCGUGAUGACAUGGAGUCCCUAGGGUACGUGCUAAUGUAUUUCAACAGAACCAGCCUUCCGUGGCAGGGAUUAAAGGUUCCACAGGCGGCAACAAAGAAACAAAAGUAUGAAAAGAUAAGUGAAAAGAAGAUGUCCACUCCAGUUGAGGUGUUGUGUAAGGGCUUUCCUGCAGAAUUUGCAAUGUAUCUGAACUACUGCCGCGGCUUACGAUUUGAAGAGGCACCCGACUACAUGUAUCUGCGACAACUAUUCCGUAUUCUGUUCAGAACAUUAAACCACCAGUACGACUACACAUUUGACUGGACAAUGUUAAAGCAGAAGGCAGCUCAGCAAGCAGCCUCCUCCAGUGGGCAGGGCCAGCAAGCCCAAACCCCCACAGGCAAGCAAACUGACAAAUCCAAGAGUAACAUGAAAGGAUUUUGAACAUGAAAGGAGCAGAGAUCACAGACCAGGCUGGAGCUGGACCUGUCACUCCCCUGAAACCUAGAGAUUUUUAGUUCAUACGUACACUUGCCAGUCGUCGUCGGAGACCAUUUACUUGGUGUAAAGCUGAACUUUAUUUCCGUAUAAACUGGCUACCCGCGGUGUCCAAUAUGCUGAAUGUAGCCGCUGUUAAUAAUUGUGAAUAUCACGAAGAUUAGUGAAACAUGGUGUCCAGUUUUCUAUUGCGUUCCCUUCCCUCCCCUCCCUGAAAGCGUGGGACAGGUGCUUCAGAUAUUAAGCGUUGGCAGACUUGUGGAAGAAAUUGUGCAUAUGCCAAUUUAUUUUUUUUUUCGUUUUACUAUGGUUAACCUCCUGAUCCUUCCACUGCUUCAGACUUCUACUACUCGAGAAGAAAGGCAUGAGCUGGUUUCCGGAAGGCCGUUGUAUAAAAGAAACGACUCUCUUCAUUGUUUCCACGUUUCAUUUUCUUCACUCGUUCUCACCUUUUUUUUUUUUUUAAUUGUACACUUAAAACAUUCUUAACUGUUUCACUGUUUAAAAUAUCUACAGUCUGGUAGAGGUGCACCUUCAGUGGAUGAGUUAAAUCAUGUUUGUUUUUCCUUUUUUGCCAUCCUAUGGUUAUUAUGGUGACCGCAUGGUUUCAGAUUAUUUCGACCUUGUGGAGUUGCAUCUCAUGUACCGAAUUACGUCUCCUAAACCGAGUGAUAGAAACGAACUAGUCUUUGCCAGAUCUUGGUAGUCUGAAACCAUCUUAUCUCCUUAAUAGAACCAAAGAUUACAAUUUUUUUAGGCAACCAACUGACUGUGUUUUUUGUUUUUCUUAUUUUUUAAAGGAUAAGUUAGGGUGCAGACAUGCUUGCUUUUCUUUAGAGAAUGGAAUUAACUGUUCAUGUUGUAAAAGGAAAAACUGCAGCAUAUUGUUCACAAUCUAGAUGACAUCUUACAACUAAAGCUUGUUUAAGUGGCUUAGGAAAUGUAAUCACUGUAAACAUGAUCUGGGAUACCUUUGUUUUUAUUUUGAACAUUUUUGUUUGUUUACAUGUUCAUUAAAAACUAAAAUUUAAUCCA